ACUCUACGCAUGCGUGCUUUGCAACCUAUUCUAUCCUCUCUCUUCCACAUCUGCACUAAAGUAGAAUACACAUUUUCAUUGAAAAUGACUGAUUUUAAUUCUGGAGAUUCAGGGGCUUCAAAUACCUUUCCAGCCCAGUGCUCUUCCCUUCGCAAAAAUGGUUACGUAGUGAUUAAAGGUCGCCCUUGCAAAAUUGUAGAGAUGUCUACUUCAAAGACUGGAAAGCAUGGUCAUGCCAAGGUCCAUCUUGUUGCUAUUGACAUUUUCACUGGAAAGAAGUAUGAGGAUAUCUGCCCAUCUACUCACAACAUGGAUGUUCCUAAUGUAGUGCGAAAAGACUAUCAGCUUAUUAACAUAGAUGAAGGAUACCUUUCCCUAAUGGAUGAUGGUGGAGAAACUCGUGAUGACGUCAAAGUUCCAGAGGGCGAAUUAGGAAAAGAAAUCGCUGUCAAGUUUGAAAAAGAGGAUUCAUUCAGUGUUACCAUUCUGAAGGCUAUGGAUGAGGAGAAAGCUGUAGCAAUCAAGAAUUUGGCAAACUAAGCAUCAGAAUGACAAGCUUGUAAUUAUGUUAAUGAUGUGUACAUUGGUCUAGAGAGUGCAGUCUGUGGGACCAGAAUAACCAAGUGGAAGGAUGCUGAAUCAGUUUAUCAAAAACAUACAAAUAACGGAGCUAGUGUCGUCUAUUUGGUAUCAUUCAAUCGUUGACACUGGUGAUAAAAAUAGUACAUACAGUCUCCUUAAUAUGCAGAUGCAGGAGAUAUUUUUUUCUUCAUUUAAAAACAAUUUAUUGAUUUUUGGUCAAAUAUAUAUAUAUACAAGCACUAGUUAGUGCAGAGAACAAUGAUUCUUUAUUUUGUUGGUGUUUUAUUUUUUGUAAAUGCUAAAAAAAAAGAUGUGAAUGGCUUUAAUUAUGGUGGCAUUGUAUCGGAUUAUAUUAUGUGAUAAUUAAUUUUAAUUAUAUUUUUUUUUCAUCAAUGAUAAGGAGUAGGCGGUACAGUAUCAACAACUUGUACAUGGAGUGGAUCACAUUAGUUACUCAAUGUUUAAUUUACCACUAUAAUCAUGAUGUAUAUGUAUGAUACACUGAUUAAUAGAAUAGUUAUGUACUCAUUUAUAUUGCUACUUCCAAAGGGUACAUGCUUUGUGAUGUUAACAUAUUUGAUUGCCUGUGCAGUAAUGGGAACAGCUCCCUCUACUGAUUCUGUUAGAACUUUUGUCUUGUUUGAUCAUUUGAAAAUUCCUUCCUAAAUCGGUAAACCUUCCUGGAUUAUGUGCCAGUCGUUUAUCCUUCUAUCGUGAACCAAGUUAGGUUUGUUUUGCGAAAGCGAUAAAACUUGACAACAUGGUUCCUUAAUACUGACCAAUUCAUUAUCAUACCUUUGGACUUGACCAAUGUCCAUAUCCUCAGUGCUUUUGUCACAUAAGUGUAGACGGGUAAGCUACUUAGCAAUGUAAUUUAUUGAACGAACCAAGGAGAGAAUGCAUUUCCAGGUCCCAGAUGUAAAUGGAUAUUAUAAAUAAAAGUCCGUUUUAAAUUUUUUUUUGAAAAGAUGUUAUCAAAACUUAAAUCAAAUAAUCAAAUAAAGAAUCGGAGCGGGAACAUAUCCGGGUCCCUGGUGUAAAUGUUUCACACUAGCCGUUACAGCAGGUUGUGGUGUCUGCUGGUUUUCGUCAUCCCCCCCCCCAAUAAACUAUCAAAAGCUUUAACACGUCUUUAACUGUAAGACUACAGUAUAUACAUUGUGGACAAAUGGAGGGGGCCCUUCAAGGCCCUUAGUUGUGCUGAGUUUUUUUUUUUUUUCAGCGGACAGUUGUUCACGGCUUGCAUGACAUUAUAAAAAAGGUCAUUGGCAUCUGAACAUUCAAAAGAUUUGUUUUUUCAUGCUAAUAAAGUUUAGAUCCAGAUAAAUCUCAA